ACAAUUCCGGCAUGGCUCUCAUCUACUACGAUCGCAGCAUCAAUAGUCCCCUCGAACUCAUCCUAGCUGGGCUCCGGGAGAGUUCCCAGGCCACCUCCUUGCAGGAACUGGGUGCCUUUGUUGCCACCAAGACCAGCUUUCCCGCCGAAGUCUGCUACAAGAUCAUACGAGAGGCCCUCAAGGAGGGCAUGGCAUGCAAGACCAUAGGACAAGUGGGCGAGCUCUACUACGCCGUGCCGCCCAAGCCUCGCCGGCUCCCGGCACGGUCCAAACCAAAGCCGGCGGCGGACUGCGAUAAUUAAUUCAUAAUGCGCAGAGUAUCCGCUCAAGUGGGCCAGAAGUGCAGAGCAAACACUUUAUUAAAAUUAAAAUUUAUCUAAAUUGCGA